AUGUUUUUCUCAAAAAUAAGGCAGCGUUUUGGAAACAAUAACAAUCCUAAUGCUUUAGAACUUAAAACAGCAUUGAAACAAAUACUUUUAAAAAAUUCAAUUUCUUCUUCAUAUGCUGCUAAUUGUGUUGCACUAGAUAACACAGGUUCUGAAAGUGUUUUUGAGAUACGCUGGGCAAAAAAAACAUUAGAAGACAAUGUUAUCGAAGAAGUAGAAGAUGAAAAUGUAUCAAGUCUUCUGCCAUAUAUUGAUAGUUUUGAUUUGGUAAAAGAUAAUAUUUUAUAUUAUAUUUGUGGAUUUAUCGUUAGAAGUGUCUAUAAAAAAAUUGACUGUCAAACUUGUGCCUACAGUAUGAUAGAAAAUGAAUCUGAACAUAAUUAUAGUCAUAAAUAUCCCCAUUCAAUAUUAGUAGAUGUUAAAAAUAGAGGAGGAUUAAUAAAAAGUUCAAAGGAUGUAGUAGUAAUUGUUAUAUUUAUCGAAAGUACAUUAGUUCAAUUAACAUCAAAUUUUUGUUCUUUAUUAUCAGGAUUAAGUCAAAAAGUUAUUCUUGCCGUUAAAAAUCAU